AUCCGGUUCCCAUUACUGCCCUCUGCUCCGCUUGAAAUAUCACUUGGCCCUGGCCUCGGUUUCGCGCUCUUGAAGCCUUGGGGCCCAAGCUUCGCUUCCCGCUCAGUCUCUUCCCGACAUGAAGCUCUUGCUUCUUCUGCCGGGCGCAUCUGCGACCUGCCUCAUCACGGCCAAGGUCUGCGCGAACUUCCCCGAGUUCAAUAGGACGCAGUUCCGGGACACUUUCGCAGACCUGGAUGCGGGCGAUGCGGCGGCGUGCCUGAAGAGGGCAGAGGACUUCCACCACUGGUGCGGCAACGCGGUCGACGGAGACGUUCGCCCAGUGGUCGCUGCUAGCUUUGGAGAGAGGACCUGGUUCUACGAGCCCGGUGCCUGCGAUGCCGGCUGGUCCCAGUGGCAAUCAUCCUGCUUCCGAUUCCAUCUUGAUCUGAAGACCUGGGCGGAGGCCGAAGCAAUCUGCCAGGAGCAGGAGUCACACCUUGCAUCGGUGCACUCAAGGGAGGAGAACAGCUUCAUCCACCAGCUUUCGCACGGGCUGACGGUUUGGAUCGGGUACACCGAUCUCGACCACGACUCGCAUUACACAUGGAGCGACAACACGCAGGAUGACUUCACCAACUUUGCGAAGAAUUGCAGCGGGGAGGUCCAGGCCGGGUGCAGCCGGGAAGAGGUGCAGCAGCAAUGGUACCUGGGGCACCAAGCUGAGCUUAGCCCCUUUGUUUGCAAGCGCUCCGCCCGGCUGCCGAGCCGGUGGCGGAACGUCUCUGCAGACCGCCUUCUGUCGGAGCCGUGGGAGCGCCUCCGGGCGUCGUUCUCCGCUGUCGCAAAGCCGCCGCGACUGGACUCAGCUAGCAUCUCUGUGACUUCACACACGCUGAGCUGGACGCAGGCCUGCCGGGAGCGAGCCGUGCCCUGUGACGACGUCUGCGAGGGUCCGCGCUCCUCGCGCUCACGAUCCGAAAGGAGCCGGGCAGUGGCAAGAAGCUGAGCUCGAGACAGGGGUUCGGUCCCGGAUAAGGCGAUGGCUUGGACUUUCGUGGAGGAACUCGGUGCCAAUGGUCCUGGACUCUCAGACUUGGCACCGGAUGCUUUUGUUGUCUCCAAGCCUUGGUCACUUUGGAGGGUUUUGGGGACUUGUGAC